GAGACCGAAGACUGUUCUUUUACCUCCACACGUGAGCAAUGGUUUCAGCAGGGUUGCAGAUGCUGGGCAUAGCCCUGGCUGUCGUCGGCUGGAUCGGGGUGAUCGUGGUUUGCGUUCUCCCUAUGUGGCUUGUCACGGCUUUCAUUGGACAGAACAUAGUCACUGCGCAGAUAACCUGGGAGGGGAUCUGGAUGAGUUGUGUGGUGCAGAGCACCGGACAGAUGCAGUGUAAGGUCUAUGACUCCAUGCUGGCUCUCAGCUCAGAUCUACAGGCGGCCCGUGCCCUGACUAUCAUCUCCAUCCUGGUGGGUGUCGUUGGCAUCCUGUUAGCGACCGCUGGAGGCAAAUGCACCAACUGCAUCGAGGACGAGCGUGCCAAGGCCAGAGUUGGCAUCGUUUCAGGAGCCAUCUUCAUCGUCGCUGGAGUUCUGUGUUUGAUUCCCAUCUGCUGGACGGCCAAUAUGAUUAUAAGGGACUUCUACAACCCUAUGACCGUCAGCGCACAGAAGAAAGAUGAUUUAAAAAUGGUCUCCCAAGGACUCCAGAUUAUGGGCAUAUCCACAGCCAUGCUGGGUUGGCUGGGUGUCAUUGUCGUUUGCGCUUUGCCCCAGUGGAAGGUGUCUGCGUUCAUUGGGGCCAACAUCGUCACAGCACAGAUCAUCUGGGAGGGCAUGUGGAUGAACUGUGUGGUGCAGAGCACUGGACAAAUGCAGUGUAAAGUCUACGACUCCAUGCUGGCGCUCAGUUCUGAUCUUCAAGCGGGCCGGGCCAUGAUCAUCAUCUCCAUUUUGACUGGACUCUUUGGAAUCGUAAUUUCUUUGGCUGGUGGGAAGUGCACCAACUGCAUUGAGGAUCAGGGGUCCAAAUCAAAGGCGUGCAUCGUCGCAGGCAUUCUCUUAAUUAUCUCUGGACUUCUUUGUAUGAUCCCAGUGUCGUGGGCAGCACACACGACCAUACGCGACUUCUAUAACCCAAUGAUGGUGGAGGCCCAGCGGAGGGAGUUGGGCGCAGCUCUGUAUGUCGGAUGGGGAUCUGCUGGGUUGCUUUUACUUGGAGGAGGAAUACUUUGCUGGAACUGCCCGCCGAAGCAAGAACGAAUCUACAACCCUAAAUUCUCCGCUGUGAGGUCCAAUUCUGGUCCAAGAGAGUUCGUCUGAGGCGCAGACCCAUAAGACCAUCCUUAAAAUGCACAUUUAAGUGACUGAUUGAGCUAAUUCAUCACUGUACAUCAGCAAUUUAUCUGUAGAAUUACCUGAGACAUUUUUAUUUUUUUUUACAUGUAAUAGCAUAACAUUUUCAUUCUUCCUCUUCACAAAUACAAAGAUUCAUGAAUGCAUUUCUUCUAGAUUAAAUAUGUUGUGAUAAUUUGUAUGCCACUGCAUGUAUCACUUAGUACUUUCCUUAGAAUAAAUAUUGUCAAAUUAUAUUCUUUUUAUGUUGGCAGUCCAAUAGCUCAAACAGCAGAGCAAAGCGGUAGAAACAUCAUGGAUUAAAUUCUAUGGGAAAGCUUGAACUGAUCAAAUAUAUAACUUCAGUGCAAUGCAAGUGGCUUUGGAUAAGAGAGUAAUGUAUAUAUUACAGCUUUUAUGGUGGAAUUCUAAAUAUAGAUAUUUAUGUAAAAUGUACAACAGUGAUGGGUAAAUGAUUCCAAAUUACAUGACAAAAAUUAUAAUUAGUAACACAGUUCAUUACAUUACACAUUUUAGGUAAUAUAAUCAGACUACUUUUUGUUUAUUUUUGGAUUAAUUUUGACGUAAUUUGUUUAUCACACUGAUUUACAUAUGGUAAUCUUCUACAUUAAUAAUAUAAAAAUUAAGAACACAAAGUGCAUUAAACAUCGUUACAUCAAGGUUUCCAAAACUAGAAUCCGUUAAGUUCAAUAAAAGCUAAUAAUUAAUUAAAUAGUUUUCUUGCUAUUGUGUAAGUAAUAUGUAGUCAUGUAAUCACUAACUGUAGUAACUGUAGUCUGAUUAUGAGUAUUUUAAAAUAUAAUAUUCUUUGUGCUUAAUUUUCAGAAUCUGAUUAUGUAAUCAGAUUACAUGUAAGCAGUUUCUACCCAGCACUGGUGUACAAUAAUACUUUUUAUUAUUCUCCAAUUUGUCAUGUUUUUUUUUUGUUUGUUUUUUGUUUUGUUUUUUUGUUUUUUUAAUAAAACGUUGCCAUCAAUAAAAUAAUAACAAA